UAGUCAACAUACACAAAGUUAAAACCCACAGAAAACACCAGAACAAUUCAACAUAAGUAAUAAGCGAAGAUGAACAAGUUCCUUUUUACCAUCAUCAUUGUCGGAGUUGUUUUCUUAGAAAGUAGCGAGGCACGACACAAGAAAACUGGACAAAGUGAUCAAUCCAGGUUGGUUGAUUUGUUGUUCUGGUGGUUGUUCAACGUAGAUGAAGAUUCAAAGCCUAUAAAGAUGCCAGUAGAUACGGAUGUAGACACAGACCUUGGCUUAGGCUCAGAUCUCAGCGAGGAGCGUGAUCAGUUAGAUUCGGUCAAAGGUCGAGCCGAUACUACAAUUUUUACUGGUUUCCCAGGAAGAGCCUUUAACAAAGAGAAUAUAAGAAAAUCACGAAAGCAAUGAGUAGAUUGGUUAAUCAGAAUUAAA